AUGCACAUCAAGUGGAAUCGUACAAGAAGAGUGUGGCUGCUACUGACUUCGCUGGCCACAAUGUGCUGCCUCAGUGUGGCAGCAAGUGUGCAACUGCAGGUGCAAGGGAUGGAGGAGAGUGUGGCAAAUGACACCCAGAGCGUGAGUGUGCUGCGUCCACUCACGUGGCUGAGGAGUGCUCAGGGCCUGUUUGCUAGCCCAGCAGGCCAUGUGGUUGUUCAGGUGGCCAAGGAGCUGCUCCACCGCUCUGCGGGCAACAGUCAAGUGCUCAGCCUGAAUCUCACCAAUUUGCUGAUCAUCGUACUGCUCAAGGUGCUGAUCUUUUCGGCUGGUCUUCUGGGCGCGGGACACUGGAGCAGCUACGGCCACGGAUACGCAAGGUCUGCAGCACGCCUCAAUGGCUCCUAUGGAUUGGGCCUCACGUCAGGUGACGAUUAUCUUAUAAUGGGUUUUCUGGCUGCCCAGGGAGCUGGCCAAGAUGACUGUCUCUUCGCUGCUGCCUGCGCCUGCCCCAACGCUGCCUAUGAGUAUGCCAAAGCGGGCCGUACUCUGCUGGGCGCCAUUGAAAUGUUUGAGGGAGCACCUGUGGAGAAGCCGCGAUACACUGAUCUGAUCUUGCUGAUGGAACGUGCCGCCUACGACGGCUUUCGAGGAGCCAGCUGCAACACCACGCAAUCAUGUGAUGGGCUUUUAUAACUAGCUCCACCCGCU